AUGGCGCCGCCCAACAUCCCCCUCGCCACGCGUCUCCUCCCGCUCAUCCUCCUCCUCCUCCUGCCCCUCCUCCCCGGCCCCACCUCCGCCGAGAUCCUCGGCGCCCUCACGAUCACCAACGCGCUCACGCGGCGCGAGGGCGGCGGCGGCGGCGGCAAGGCAGAGGUCGGCGGCGUCGGGUCCCGGACCGGGGUUGUUGCGGCGUACCCCCUUUUUCGGGGGGCUGCGAGGGGGUGGAGGGGCCGCAGGGGGAGUGGGACUGAGGGUGUCGGGGAGGGAGGAGAAGAGAAGAGGGUGAAGGAGGGGGAGGGGGAGGGGGAGGAAGGGGUUGUGAGCAGGGCGGACGGGCCGUUGGCGGGACUGACGUGGCAGGUUCAGGGGCUGACGAGGGUCGCGGAUACGCACCUCAAUUCGACCGACUUCUUGUUCGCCCUCGUGGACGACCAGAGCAAGGAGACGUCCUGCUCGGUGGCGGUGCCCGGGUCCGAUCCCACAGCCAGCUGGUACGGCAGGUCGUGCGUCGUCCACCCGAAUUACUCGAUCUCGUGGGGAUACAUCAAAGAGACCGACAGCGCCGUGAUGACGGUGUGCGAUCGGAACAACGGAACGGGUGCCUGGUUCGGCUUCCAGAACAUCACUGCUGCCUCGUUCCUGGGUGACUCGAAAAAAGAGCCCGUUUACUACACGGGCUGCUCAUGA